ACGUCUCCGCUUCUCCCUCGGCUCCAUCGCCUUCGGCCCCGUUGGCGGCAGCGACCUCUUGACGCCCCUCUGCUCCCUCUCCCUCUCCCACUCCUCUUCCCUGAUCGUAUCUCUAUCCCUUGAAGGCCGGAAAGAAUCAUGAUAUCCCUGUUUCUCAAACGCAUCUGCGUUGGCAUCGGCGUAGCGAUACUCUUCUACAGUUGUCUGUCUCCGAUGAAGAAGAGUAUCGCGGGACGGGGAUCUCGGCUCGACGCUGCGGUACGGGCGCUCGUCUUUCUGGUGCGCAGCAGGAGUGGGAUCUUUUAUAGAUCGGGAUGGAGUUCGCGGAGGAGGGGGAGGUUUGGUAUGCGAUGGGGGUGAGCGGACCGGUUGUCGGCGCAUGUUUGCAUUCUCCGCGAGAGCGCGGUUCUCUUUAUCCAAUUCCUUGCAUUCGAGGGCGUACUUUUUUUUUCGCUUGUUCCAGCUCAGCGCGUUGAGCUUUGAGAUCCGCAACUUCUUUCCCGAGCUUCGCCUUCUCCGCUUUUUCUUUGAGUUCCGCUUCGGUUUUUUCCUUGACCUUGGCGUGGAGCUGUUCCACUUCUUUUUCCAGACCCUCGAUUUUCUGCGAAAACGUUUGGUGGUUUUUAACGUGCCUCUCGAUAUCGCGUUGCUGGCUCGCGCUGACAUCUCGCAGAUCCUUGGUUUUAUCGAGUUCGGUGUUGAUUUGCUUCAUGAUUUUGUGUUUAUCGCUAGCCCAGUUCAUUGA